CAUCGACUGGCAGCAGGAGCAGGAGCAGGAGCAGGACGACAACUGACAAGCUGGUCUCGUCGCGAUUUGACAUUGUCAUUGUCGGCUUGUCGCAGCUGCUGAUGCAUGGCAGCCCCGCCCUCAUUCAGCUCCUUUCCCUCGCUCCAAGAGAGUCCACGAGCCGGCUCAACCAGGCGUAGUGAACAUCAGGAUGACCCGAGCGGCUUCGACGCUCGGCGUAGCAAGCAUCAUCAUCAUCCUAAAGACGACUCGACAUCGUCUCGCAGCAGGAAGCGAGCCAGACAUGACGACUCGGCCAGUAGAAGCCACAAGAAGUCUGAAGAUGCUACUGCUACAUUCAUCAAGGCUGCCCUGAAGAGCGCACCUCGGCCAUUCGUACAGGAAUCGCCCGCAACCUAUUGGCAUCACGUCCAGGGUGAUCGUGAUAAUCUCGUCUAUGGCAAGCCGAACAAGCCGCCGCAAUACAGCAGACACAGAUCUCGCUACGUACUCGGUCUACCGCGCCGCUACCGGAUCUCUUACCAAUGGAAAUCGAUCGGUCAAACGGUUUGCAUCAUCGAGCACAAGAAACCAAAGGCAGCGCGUUAUACGAGCAUAGAGCAGCAAGCCCGGCUGCGCAAGGUGCCCACUAAGCGUCUGACAGCAUCGCAUACUCGUCAGUCUGAGCAGGCUGACUUUGUCGCCCUGUCGAGCUCGAAACGAUCGCAGGCCGAGCCAACGACACGCAUCAUUGAGCGAAUAGACGCAGAGCCAUCGGAUAGCGAGUCUGAACCAGAUGCUGCCUUUGAUGACACACAAGAGGUCGCUCUUCAGGAAGACGAAGAAGCCAUCUCUAGCUACUUUGCACGUCGAUCGCGCGAGUUCAAUGCAGCCCUGAGAGAGGAUCCAUCCAAUGUCGAGCUUUGGCUGGAAUAUGCCUCCUACCAGACCGAGGUUGCCCUCCUCAAUUCCGAGAGUAGUCUGCAGAGUGGCAGAAGUAGGCGUCUCACGGCCAAAGAGUCACUCGCCGUCGAAGAGAUACGGCUCGCUAUCCUCGACAAGGCUCACAGUCACCAGUCCAAUCAGUCAGACGUGCGACUGCUCCUCGCUCGCCUCGAGUGCUUCUCUCGCGUCGUACCUGAUACCGGCUCGGUCCUGAACGAAUGGCAGAAAGCGCUGGACCUCAAUGCCAAUUCGAUCGAGCUUUGGUCUGCUUACCUGCGCUACCGCACGGGCGAGUCAAAGUCGUUCGAGCUUGCUAAAGUACUCGAUCUCUACCUCGAAGUACUGCAACUACUUAAGCGGCGUAUACAGCUUUAUUCCAUCAAUUCACCUGAGCGAGAGGACCUUGAGGUCAGUGCGAUCAGGAUCCUUCUCAAGGCGUGUCUUGUCAUGCGAGCGGCAGGCUUUGCAGAGAGAGCGUUUGCCAUACUGCAAGCGCAGAUCGAGCUCAACUUUUUCAGUCCGGACGACGCUGUCUCGGAAGACGAGCUGUUUGCCCGUUUCGAAACCUUCUGGGAUAGCGAAGCACCUCGUAUCGGCGAAUCAUCUGCUCAAGGGUGGUGCAAAAGUGACCUGUCCGCAUCAGCUGAGCAUGUCGCUCACAAGCAACUGCUUUCGUACCAGCAUGAUCUUAUAGAGCGCUGGCAGCACGACGAACUCACCUCUGCUCAGAGCUCGAUACUGCCCAGCCGUUCAGAGACCGAACUCCACGACGAGGCCAGCGAUCCUUUCCGCGUAGUGCUCUUUGCCGAUAUAAGCAACUUUUUGUCGGUCUACGCUUGUGUCGAUAGCAAGCUGCAUCUGCGCUACGCCGUGCUCGAUUUCAUGGAACUCGCAUACCCAGCGCCAGAUACUUCUACGCUCUGGAACGAGCCAGAUGAAUUUGGAUCAGCCCGGCAUAUGGCUCGAUCUUUUUGGCCAGAGUACGCAGAGCCAACGACCGAACAGCUACUAGCGGGGACGAGAGCAAGUACCGUGAACAGUGCCUUCGAUUGCAGGCUCAAGGCUCUGCCAGUAACGCCAGACACUGUCUUUUGCUCAAGUACAUGGUUCUCAGUCACGGAUGCACUUGACACAAGAACGCCAUAUGCUACAGUUGCUGUCAACAUGCUCUGGGCACUUGCAGAGACCGGACGCGAUCCAUUCUUCAAGCUGCUCGCUUUGGCCUUUCAAAGUCAGCUGGACCACAAACGAGCAGUCAAGAUGGCAAAGCACCUUCUUAAGAAGGAGAGCAGCGCGCUCAUGCUGUGGGAUGGCUAUGCUCGAAUGCAGCUAGGUCGAGGCAAGAUCGAUGAAGCGAGGCAGGUAUUUGCUUCUGCCAUACAAAUCGGCGCAAACUUGUCAGAAGCUAGCAAGGUCGACUUGCCCUUGCUUUUUCGCUCGUGGGCAGAGAUGGAAUCAGAGUCUGGCAAUGUUGACUUUGCUCUGUCCAUCGCAGUCGCUUCUGUCACGCCAAACGCCGAGCUGCCAAAUGUCAACCGACCUUGCUCUCCACCAUCUGCCAUCCAUUUACUCAGGACACGACAGCAGCUCACCCGCAUUCUAUCCGAGUCAUGUCUGUCCGGAGCAAGCGCGUCGCUACUGCGGCACCGUACAAGCAUAUACGCAACCCUUUGCUUGCUUGAAUAUCAUGUCAAGGGCUACUCAAGCAUGCUCAGAACCGUUCAGAAGCCACUCGAAGAUCUGAUCGAGCACAAUUCGACUCGAGCCGAACACGAAGAGCUGCUGAUGAUCAACGCAAAGUUUGCAUAUCGCGCGAGCAAAGAAGCAGCCUUUCGCCCUCGUCAAGUUUCAGAGCAGCUGGAGUCUGGCCUUGCGCAUUUCCCGAGCAAUGCAGUCCUACUAGCACUAUAUCAUCACAUCGAAGCACGCAGCAAGCUACGGAUGAACUUUGCUCGCACCAUCGACAAUGUCGUCCUCGCGAGCGGCAAGACGACGGUCUCUAGCUAUCUCUUUGCGAUUUGGGCGGAAAUGCGCUUCAAUGCUUUCACUUUCAACAAGGCCAUCGUACGUGAGCUCUUCGAGCGCGCCGUGGACGAUCCAAGGUCAGUCUAGCUUCCUGAAGGUCGGACUGUUGCGACUGACUGGAUUGAUGCCGCAGGACCAGCACUUCUGCAGAUCUUUGGCGACUCUUUAUCG